UGUCUGCUUGUAGAAAGCUGUAUGCACCGGAAUCUGAAGAAUUCGAGACGUCCGCCAAGCCAAACUCUUCUUCACUACCUCCGGUCUUUACUCCUCUUUGUCCUCUCCACACUCCAUUUUCCAGCGGGCUCUUAAGGUGCAGUGAGGAGUAAUCAUGUCUCAAGGUGACAGAAUGAAGCAGGGCCAGUUCACUAACCCGGAGACCCCAGGCUAUGUUGGUUUCGCCAACCUGCCCAAUCAGGUCCAUCGCAAGUCCGUUAAAAAGGGCUUUGAGUUCACCCUUAUGGUUGUCGGUGAAUCUGGGCUUGGAAAAUCCACCCUGAUCAAUAGCCUGUUCCUGACUGACCUCUACCCUGAGAGAAUCAUCCCAGGAGCAGCAGAGAAAAUCGAGAGGACAGUUCAGAUCGAGGCAUCGACUGUGGAAAUCGAGGAACGGGGCGUCAAGUUGCGUCUCACUGUGGUUGACACCCCGGGCUAUGGAGAUGCCAUCAACAGCCAGGACUGUUUCAGCACCAUUAUCAGCUACAUAGACGACCAGUUUGAGCGUUACCUCCACGACGAGAGCGGCCUAAAUCGCCGCCACAUUGUCGACAACAGAGUUCACUGCUGCUUCUAUUUCAUCUCUCCGCUUGGCCACGGCUUGAAACCCCUGGAUGUUCAGUUCAUGAAGGCCAUCCACAAUAAGGUCAAUGUGGUUCCUGUCAUCGCCAAGGCAGACACGCUCACCCUCAGAGAGCGAGAAAGGCUUAAGCGCAGGAUUCUUGAUGAAAUUGAUGAACAUGGUAUCAAGAUUUACCACCUCCCUGACGCUGAGUCAGAUGAGGAUGAAGACUUUAAAGAGCAGACUAGGAUCCUCAAGGCUAGCAUCCCUUUCGCGGUGGUAGGCUCCAACCAGCAGAUCGAGGCCAAGGGGAAGAAGGUGCGGGGCCGCCUGUAUCCCUGGGGAGUGGUGGAGGUGGAGAACCCCGAGCACAAUGACUUCCUCAAGCUGCGCACCAUGCUGAUAACCCACAUGCAGGAUCUGCAGGAGGUGACCCAGGACCUGCACUAUGAGAACUUCCGCUCGGAUCGCCUGAAGCGCAGCGGCAGGUUGUCCUCCCAUGGUUACGUUCUGCCUCUGUCCCCUGCAAAUGGUCCGGAACCGGAGGAAAUGGACAAGGAUAUGAUUCUGCAGGAGAAGGAGGCUGAGCUGAGACGAAUGCAGGAAAUGAUCGCCAAGAUGCAGGCCCAGAUGCAGAAGCAGGGGGAUGGAGAGGGUGACGUUUGAAAAGAUGGACUACUACAAUGAAGUGACCCAUGGAUUCAAAGUGGCAUAUAAAGUUUAUUUUUUAAUACAAAAUCAUCUGUUACCUUUUCAUUUUUUUACAUUGACAAAUUUGACACUAAAGCUGACUCAGUUCUUCUGGUAUAUUUGGUCCUAAACAAUGUUUUAAAGCACAUGCUAUUGCUAAUAUUUUCCUUUUGAAAGCGCCUCACUGAGAGUCAGAAACAACUAGUCAUAGUCUGAAUACUUUUUAUGGGAGGGUGAAAAAUACCCACCCUGCCCAAGUAAAGAAAGUGUGCCAUGAACUGUUGUUAUGAACAUUAUAUAUGAUAUUACCCUCAUGCAUGCUAUAUGACAUGCAUCUGAAAUCGUUUCAAAUGAAAUGUUUUCCGGUUGUCAGGUCAGCAUGAAAGAGUGGCUGUCAUAGUUUUGAGUUGGACAAACUGUUACCUGUAAUACUGUUGGCUUUACAAACGAAGGAUAUUAUUCAUUACAUUUCUUUGACAAGUGAAGGCUUCUUCAUUUUCUAAUGUACUGUUAGGUGACGUCAUGCCCCAGUGAGAGCCAAAUGUUUUCUUGUCUAAUUCAAGGCAAGAACAUUUGAAACAAAUUUUACUUGUCAAAGGUGGCCCAUUAAGGUCCAUCCAUGCCAAUUAUUCCCUCACCAGAUAAACUGUGAGCUCCUGACAUUCCUCUUUCAGCUGUUUUUAUCCCGAUAUUAAAGCACCAAAUAUUCUUCUUAUUGUAUAAUGUUGUAAUAAAAGUUUUAUUCUACAA